UUUUUUCGCGGGGCCUUAGUGGAGCAGCUCAGGAACAGAGAUCCCUCGCACGUGACCGCUCUCUUACAGCCAUAGUUUUGCCGGCCCGUAGUUGGUCCCUGCACUACUGGGCCUAUCGCAUCGCAGACGGUGAGCAACCAGUUGUCCGAUUCGUAGCAGCCUAAGUUGAAGCUACGUCGCGAUCCAGCUUUCCAGGUCGCGCCGCCAUCAUAUCAUGCCCCUUCUUUGAACCUCCUGGAUCUCUAGAUUUUGUUCGUGUAUGCCCGCAUCUUCUCUCGUCUUCGUCUCUCCCUGGCCGCUGCGCCAAUCCCUGAAUCCGUCUCUCUAGCUGCCCCUCCUCCCCGCCAUCUCUCCUGGCCAAGCCAUCGUCUUCUAUAUAUAGAUCGUCACCAUGGCAUCUGCAAUCUUCUUUCUGGACCUCAAGGGCAAGACCCUCCUCGCCCGAAACUAUAGGGGUGACAUUCCCAUGUCCGCCGUCGAAAAGUUCCCCGUUCUCCUAUCAGAAGCCGAAGAAGAGUCGUCAGCCGUUCCGCCAUGCUUCUCCCACGAGGGAAUCAACUACUUAUACAUCCGUCACAACAACCUAUAUCUCCUGGCGCUGACGAAGCGCAACACCAAUGCCGCCGGAAUCCUGCUCUUCCUGCACAAGGUCGUCGAAGUCUUCACCGAGUACUUCAAGGCUUUGGAGGAAGAAUCCAUCCGCGACAACUUUGUCGUCAUUUACGAGCUUCUCGACGAAAUGAUGGACUUUGGCUACCCCCAGACCACCGAGUCCAAGAUUCUCCAAGAAUACAUUACUCAAGAAUCACACAAGCUCGAGAUCCAAGCCCGCCCGCCAAUCGCCGUGACCAACGCCGUGUCUUGGCGAUCCGAGGGUAUCCGUUACCGCAAGAACGAAGUCUUCCUCGAUGUUGUCGAAAGCUUGAACCUCCUCGUCAGCGCCAAUGGAAAUGUGUUGCGGAGUGAGAUUCUCGGUGCCAUCAAGAUGAAAUGCUACCUCAGUGGUAUGCCCGAGCUGAGAUUGGGACUUAACGACAAGGUCAUGUUUGAGACGACGGGCCGCUCGACGCGAGGCAAGGCUAUUGAGAUGGAGGAUGUCAAGUUCCACCAGUGCGUGCGACUCUCGCGCUUCGAAAACGAUCGGACAAUCUCCUUCAUUCCUCCCGAUGGCGAGUUUGAGCUCAUGUCAUACCGCCUCAACACCCAAGUCAAGCCCCUAAUCUGGGUCGAGUGCCUUGUCGAGUCCCACUCCGGCUCACGUAUCGAAUACAUGCUCAAGGCCAGAGCCCAGUUCAAGCGACGAAGCACGGCCAACAACGUCGAAAUCAUCGUCCCUGUCCCCGACGAUGCCGACUCCCCCCGAUUCAGAACCAACGUCGGCUCUGUACACUACGCCCCUGAGCAGAGCGCCAUUGUCUGGAAGAUUAAGCAGUUUGGCGGUAACAAGGAAUUCCUCAUGCGCGCUGAACUUGGCCUUCCUAGCGUCAGAGGAGACGAUGAGCACGGCGGUGGCAUGACAGGUGGUUUUGGAGGCAGUAUGGGUGGAAUCGGUGGCAAGGGCGCCAAACGACCCAUCCAAGUCAAGUUCGAAAUCCCCUACUUUACGACGAGUGGAAUUCAAGUCCGAUACCUCAAGAUUACCGAGCCCAAGCUUCAAUAUCCUUCUCUUCCAUGGGUCCGAUAUAUCACACAAUCUGGCGAUAUUGCUGUUCGACUGCCCGAUGUAGCUUGAGCUUUGGCCCCGAGUUGACGCGCUAUAUAUAAUCAUAGGUGGGAUAGCAGAGAGGUAUAUUAAUUUAAGCGGCUGGCCGUUCGUUUUGCAAACCAGCAUCGAAAUACUUGGAAAGGGGGCGAGAAACAGCGAAAACGCCGUAAAUAGUCAUGGGGAGCUUUCAAAUUAUAGCGAAUUGAGAGGCUGAAAGGGGGGCAACAAGGGAACGCAUUGCAUGACUUCCACUAGGGGGAGCCAUGUGAAAGUGAGGUUAGGGAGGGUUAUUUAAACAUAGAGAGCUAUAAUGUUGUCGUCACCGUAAAAUCAGCUGGAUGAAUAAGAUGAAAUGAAUUGAAAA